AUGUCCUGCUCCAGCCUCUGUGUCCCUUCCUGUGGGGUGACUGCCCCAGUCCCUGUGGUUGACUCCUGCAAUGAGCUCUGCGUGCGGCAGUGCCCUGACUCCACGGUGGUGAUCCAGCCCCCGCCCUCAGUGGUCACCUUGCCUGGGCCCGUCCUCAGCACCUUCCCACAGCAAAGUGCUGUUGGCUCAGCAGGAGUCCCUGGUGUUGGAGGGGGCUUUGGUGGUAGUUUUGGAGGCCGUGGUGGUGGCGCUGGAGGCUUUGGAGGCCUUGGAGGGGGCCUUGGAGGCGUUGGAGGGGGCUCUGGUGGCUCUGGAGGCUCUGGAGGCUUUGGGGGAAGCUGUGGCUCUGGGGGCUCAUCCCAAGGCCUCAGGUGCUUCAGUGGCAACUGUGGGCCCUGCUAA